AUGCCCAAAGCUCCUGCCUCGAGAAGACAGCAACAGUUUGAGACUGCUGCGGCCGCCGCUGCGGCACCUUCUUGUGCUGCAGCUGCUGCAUCCUCUAAAGCGCGGUCCCAGUGCAGCGAGCAGCAGCAGCAGCACCAGCAGCGGCAGCAGCAGCAACGCAUUUGCCCGUCAGAAUCUGCACGGGCUCUAAUGGCGGAUGAGGGAUCUAGUGGGCGGCAGCAGCCGUUGCCUGCUUCUGCAGCCGAGCCUGCAAGUCCAGCAGCAGCGCCGGGCAGCAGCGCAGGUGAGGGAUCCACUGCAGCAGCAGCAAGGAGUGGAGGAGCGUUCCCAGCCGCAGCUGCCGCCGCAGCAGCAGCAGCCGCGGCUGCAGCGGGCGCUGCUGCGCACUGGCCGAGCAGCGGGGAGAGCAGCAGGAGAGAGGAGCUGCUGCAGCUGCUGCGCAGCAGCAGCAGCACGAAUGGGCUGCCCGGAGCGGCGGCAGCGGAGCCGGCGGCCGCCCCCGAAGACAGCAGCAGCAGCAGCGACGCAGCAGCAGCAGCAGCAGCAAGCCCCCCCGGGGAGCCGCUGGAACGCGAAGCAGAAGCUGCCAGAGAACGCAUUUUGGAAUGUCUUUCUGCUUCUCGAGUUGCAGAAAUUGCUCCAAGUUGCUGCAAACAAAUAGUUCUAGAAAGUCGCCUGGAAGUGCACACGGCCUUCACGGCCCUGGCCCAGUUUGGCUGCUCCUCGCUGCUGUGCUGCAGCGUGCUUCCCUCCGACCCGCUGCAGCAGCAGCAGCAGCAGCAGCAGCGGCAGACUCCGCGGCUGCAGCAGCCGCAGAGGGGCAGGGGCGAAGCCAGCACCAGCAGCAACGACGAGGCCCCGAGCGCCACGCCCACCAGCAGCAGCAGCAACAGCGGCAGCAGCAGCAGCGGCAGCUGCAGCAGCAGCAGCGCCCAGUCGCCCCCCCCCUGCUGCGGCAGCCCCGCCCAGGGCCGCUGCUGCAGCUGCCGAGGGGUUUGGGUCUAUUCAGAAACAAACAGGCGCUUCAUGAGCAGGCUGGACUCGCAGCACUUCGCGCGCUAUUUGCUGCACUGGCAGCGGUGGCUGCGCAGCAGCAAGCAGCAGCAGCAGCAGCAGCAGCAGGACGGGGCGCCAGAGGCGCAGAAAGCGGCAGCCAGCAGCAGCAGCAGCAACUCUGCUGCUGAUUCCGAAGCACCGAACAACAACAGUGACGCUAGUGAGGUCGAGACCACAGUCAGCGGCAACAACGGCAACAGCAACACAAACAGCAGCAACAGCAGCACCAGUAGUAGCAGCAGCAGCAGCAGCAUGCAGCAGGGAGAGAACGCACCCGGCGAAGCUGUUGGUGCUUCUUUAGGCAUUAAAGACUCGACGCCGCCGUGGGCCCUUUCUUUGGAGGGGUUUGGUCGUAUAUGCGGCGGCUCUGUUGACGAAGUCCAGCGAGUCAUGCCGGACUGCGACUGCGCAACUGCCCUGUUGCAUCUCUUAGACAGCGGGUACGCAGCAAGAGCAGCAGCAGCAGCAGCAGCAGCAGCAGCAGCAGCAAAAGCAAAAUGCGACUUUGCGCGCAGGGCCCCCUACCUGUGCAUCGUCAACGAGGGAAGAAGGGCCCCCUUGGCCCUCGUCUCUACCCAUGCUUUUCUUGUGCACCUUGUCAGAGAGCUCCAAGGGGCUCACCCGAUUCUGGCAACGAAUGUCCUAGCUGCCAAACUGGGCACCCAUGAGGACUUGGUGACGUUUUGCGUCGAGGACUCGACGGAGGACUUUUUGGCUGCUGCAGUUGCUGCUGGCUUUUCUUCUUUGCCGCUGGUGGACUCCACAGGGGCCUACGUUUGUUGCUUUUCUCUUGACGAUUUCCUAGCCGUUGUCUUCAAGCUGCUGCAUGACGGGGUUCCCCUAGACCUCACGCUGCCAGUGUCGAGGUACGUGCAGCAGUUCCAUCAGCUGCAGUGGCAGCACCGCAUGCUGGCGCAUGCAGCAGCAGCAGCAGCAGCAGCAGCAGGCAGCGAUAUCCAGCUGCUGCCCUCCAGCAGCAGCAGCAGCGGCAGCAGCAGAAGAAGCGCAGCAACUGCAGCAGCCCUCUGCCGCCUCACAGCAGCAAACGGCCCGCAGCCCAUCUACCAAGGGGUGGUGAGGGAAGCAGCAGCAGCUUUUUUGACACUGCAGCAAGCGAUUGAGCUGCUGCUAUUUGCCGACGAGAAAAAGAUUCUCUUCUUAUCGGAGCAGUGA